UUGCGGGGCUUGAGGAAAUUUGGCAAAUGAUAUCGCAGCGGCCACCUCACCCUGAGUACCCUGGCUUUACAAGAAGCGUGCUUUAUCUGCCGGUUGCUUUGGUGUUGUAAGAGCAGAAAGCUGAAUGGAGUUUAGGGUGUGAAUAGCCUUAAAUAGAAAAGGGAACGGCUUAAGUGUGAGUAGCUUGAAUUUUGUUGUGUUUCUCCUUUACGGGGUUUAUUGAGCUAAGUAAGAUAUCAAACGCAUAGGAACUACCAUUCAGAGCCAAGAGUACAGCAAAGCUCCGGCACUGCAGAUGUUUUAUUACUGGGCAUAAAAUGUGGAAGCAGUCGGUAGUCUAGCAUUGCUCUCUGCAAAUUGGUCUGACAAGUUUUACAGCUAUUGGAUUUGGCUUUCAGUUUUAAGCGGAUCAGGAGAGCGCAGUACUUCAUGCGAUGUCCUGGUAUCAGUAGCAGCUUUACGGUGUAAUCUUGUUUGGAAAUUGAUCCGACGCAUCUUGAAAUCCAGCCCCGAAGAAAGUAAGAAGGGCUGUGGGCCUUAAACCUUCCACUGCACCUUCUUACCAUGUCUGGUGGCUAUGCUGUUACAUUUCUUAUUUUUAUAAUGUGAAAAGUUGGUGUGAGAACAGCAAGAUGAGGAGAACGUAAAUGCUUAAUGUUUUUGAUGGUGCAACACUUGACAGCUUUCCUGCUCCUUUAUCCUCUUUCAUUAAAUGCCAACUUGUUUCUGUCGGGAGUUCAUGGUGUUAUCAUAUUGGGAGUGAAUGGAUAUUGUUUUUUCUUCUAAAUUUCAAGCAGAAACAGAAUUGAAGGAAAACCACUGCGUGUUAAUAGAAAAUGAAAACCAGCAUAUUUUUAGGUCUUAAGAAGUGUGAUGAAAAAAACUAUGUUAUUAACCUUUUCGAAGUUUUUGGGUCAAUAGAGUAAUUUGAAAUCACACUAGCCAUGUAAGCACUAUCUUGCUUAAAAAUGUUAGUUUCAAGUGUUUGGUAAUAUUUAUUUACCUAAAGGCUUCAUUGGAAAGCUACAAGAGUGAAGUUCUGAUCAUAUGUAAUUAAUGUCUAACAAAAUGGUUAAGACAGUAAUUUUGGGUAAGCAAGGCAAAUACUCAUGGUGAAGAAGCAACGUGUAUAUUAUAGUGUUUUUCCUGCAUUACAAAGUAGUUACACUAAACCUCCUCCCCUCCCAGCCUCCCAUUAGCUCAAACCCCUAUCAGCUGACAGAACAGUAAUCAAUGACUAUGCAGUUUGGGUGAUAAAGUGUCUGUGCAUACAUAAUCCAUGAAGUUCUCUAUCUUGAUCAGACUUUGCUGUACAGCUACAAGAAGAUACUUGGAAAAAAACCCACAGUGUAAUUGAAGCAGCCUGGCUUACUAACUUUGGCCUCUUAUCAAGGAAAAUUAUAAUCAGAAACUAAUUGUCCUUGUCUUAAGUCAACAAUCACAAUACAAUAAGCUGUUUAGGUUCAGCAACAUGAAUAAUUUUUCUUGUAAAUGAAAAUCUGUAAAACCUGGUUAAUUUUCAUGUAAAACAGGAUACAGUUGAAAACAACCUAGAGAUAUGAGAAAAUAACAACCUAUAAAUACGAGACAGUGUUUAUAGCUGAAUAUGUGUGAAAUACUGUAUUUACACCUGGUCCUUGGGUUGAAUUAAAAUAUGACACUGUUAAUUGCUGAGCUAAAACAAAACUAUUCGGGACUUGGUAGUCACUACACUUUAACAGCAUCUUGAUAAGCAUAUAUGAAAUCAGGCUUGCAAAACUUGAGCAUCUGUGAGACCAGCCACAGAGGCUUAGAGAAUAAGUUUUUGUCCGCCUCUCUUCUCUAAAACCAUUGUACCAUUCUCCUGCAUGGGCAUUUGCUGAAGGUCAGGUCAUGCACUUUCCAUGCAAGUACCUUUCUAAAAAUGAGUUCCCUGUACCAGCUCCCUCUAGUCUUCUAAUGCAAUUCUUUCAAGGGAUGUUUGUUUAAUUCCAUAAUCUGUACUAAAAUGAACACCUAUCAAAAGCUGAAACAUUACUUACCUAAUAUAAUCUUCUGGUACUAAGGAAACAAAACAAAACACGGUUUUCUCUUGCCCAGGACAUUAUGUCAGUAUCUUUGGAACUCAGAGAUACUAGUGUAGUUGCUGCAGAUGAAUGAAAUGUAGCAUCAUGAGAAUUGCUAUAUUUUAGUCAAAAGUAGGUGUUGUUAAUGCUCAGUGGUUUUGCUAUUUUUCUGAAGAGAAUUGUACUUAACCUGGAUUUUGGCUUCCUUCAUUAAUUAAACCAACUGAUAUUUUUUUUUUUCCUUAUGUGGUCCAAGAGAAGACUUGGUUGCUACAGAUGAGAUAAUGUAAUAACAGAGUUUUAUCCCUGGGGUUAGAAUCUGGAACUGGACACUAUACAGUGCUUCUCAGUGGGUUUAAACUCGUAGCUACUAAAUCAUUUUAUUCCUUCAAAUUGUAAGGUUUUAGAAAAUUGAGCUUAAACCUGUUGUCUCUGGUACUUUACACUAUUCAAAAAGGAUAUAAAGUUUGGUUUGUAUUUUGUGUCUUCUUGGUCAGUGGAGGCAAAUGGAGAAGUGUGUGGAGAAUCGAGAACACUGAAUAUUCAGGAUGGUAAUUGAAAUUGGAAGUUUUGGUUAAAAAGUAUGCAGGACUUAUAUGCUGCUGCACUAGAACAGGUCAUGAGAAAACAACUGGAAUCAGUUAGUUUGAUGCAAUGCACUGCAAUGUGUUUACAUAAAAAUUUUAGUUUGGAUUAAAAAUGCAUUUAUGAACUGACUCUUCCAAUCACCACCUGUGAUUUGUGUUGCGUAGCUGUCCCAGAGCAUGCAAGCUGGAUUCCUUUUGGGUUCAGCUGGGCAGGAAGGUAGGCCCUAGGAGCCCAUAAAAUGUGUUCCAAGAAUUGUGGCGUCCCUAGGACAGAAUUAAAGUGGGUCUGAAGUAAGCACUUGAAAUUGACAUGGUAGAGGCAGGUUUUAUUCAGCAAAUCUGCUCUUAUUUGUCCUGCAUUCUGUUUUUAUGCAUGUAGUUCUGUGGGUACUAGUCAGAGGAACUUUUAUUGUCUUCAGUUCUGGGAGAAUAAAUAGAAAAGAAAGAGGUAGAGGGGGGAAAAGUUUGAGACCAUUGAACCUUCUGCUUCUGUAUCUUUGAAGCUGAAAGUGUGUUUUUUCUGAUCUAUGUGUUUUAAUAUACUCACCAUUUACACCCCAAAAUGAGAAUAUUGUACUUAAUUUUUUAUAAAGUUAUUGUUUUGUUAUUAUGGUGGUCUUUUUCAUGUGUUUUUUCCUUCUGGAGUUCAAGUUUCUUACCAUCUGCAAUGCAGAUACAAUUUCAAAAAUCUAAGGCAUGUUCACUCAUUCUGUAAUGCAUGGGAAAUAAAGGUGGACAUAAAUGUAUUAUAUCAUUGUACCACUUUUGCUGGCCAUUAGGUUGCUGUAGUAACAUCAAAUUAUGCUGUCCUGAAAGUCUUAAUUUAAUUUUUAGAUAUUUUCUUAAGCAAAACUAAGAUAAGUGAUAGCAGAUUUUUAAUAGGUAUUAAAAUAAUUAUUUAAAUAUUUGGAAUAUUUGGCUUUUUUUCCUCUUUCCAGUUCAACUUAAUAUCAAUUGACAGUUUUUGAGUUUGUAAUUUUUGCCAGUCUUGGAGUGUAAACCACUGUCAAAUCGGAGAUGCAUGUCACAAGGUUGUGGCUUCUGGGAAAAGACCAUUCUGUACUGGAAAUACUGGCGACUCAGGAAAAAUGACUGAAGCAUUUAGCGACCUACGCUUACGUUUGGAAUUGUGUUGGUAUUUAGACCUCGUGAAGUAGCUGAACAUCCGAUCAGCCCUGAUGAUAGGAAGCUUUCCACGGUGUGUGCGAAGGCUGAAGAACAAUGGCUUCCUUCAGCAACCUGACUAUUGGCAUUGCUGUUGCCAGUUUUACUGUAUUUCAGCUCCUGUUCCACGUUCUAAGUUCUUGGGUGUCAACACGAAUAACACCUGGUUUUAACAAUCUCAGCCAAAAAAGGAAGAUCGAAUGGAAUUCAAGGACAGUGUCCACAUUCCACGCCUUGGUGGUUGGAGGGUUUUGCCUAUAUAUUUUAUUGUACGAUGAUGCUGUUAAUGCUGACCAUCUCUGGGGUGACCCUUCAAUUGUGAAGCUGAAUAUUGCUAUUACUACAGGCUACCUCAUUUCUGAUCUGUUGCUUAUUAUUUACUACUGGAAGGCAAUUGGUGACAAAUUUUUUGUAAUACAUCACUUGGCAGCUCUGUAUGCUUACUAUUUUGUACUGAGCAAAGGUCUUUUGGCUUAUUUUGGAAACUUCCGUCUCCUUGCAGAGUUCUCCACUCCUUUUGUCAAUCAGCGGUGGUUUUUUGAAGUACUGGGAUAUCCCAAAUCUUCAAUGGCCAACAUCAUCAAUGGUGUGCUGAUGACGGUUGUGUUCUUCGUGGUGAGGAUUGCUGUCAUGCCUGUAUAUUACAGCAAUGUAAUUUCUUCAUUUGGAACAGAAGGUUUCCAGAGAUUAGGAUUUGCAGCCCAGAGCGCCUGGAUAAUCUCAAGUGUUGUCUUGGAUAUUAUGAAUGUGAUGUGGAUGGUCAAGAUUGCAAAAGGCUGCUACAAGGUCAUUUGUCUUAUUGGACGGGAGGAAGCGAAAACUCAUAGAAAUGGAAAAUCUGCCUAGAAAUCAUACAUAAAAUGAAAUUUCUGCUAUGAAAAUAAUUUGGGUUCACUGAAACAGUGCACAUUUCUGCCAUGGAAUGCUCCUAUUAUGGAAACAAGGUAUUACCUCUGUACUGACCUUACUCUUUCCCUAGCCACACUGCCUGCACGCCCAGGGCCACGCUUUGCGGAUCCUGUCCAGUGAGGAAUAAAAGUAAAAGCUCACACAGAUGAGUUCCACAUGCCUGUUCUAAGCAGUUGCAAGCAUCAGAAAUUAGAAAGGAGCAGACUGGUUACUUGCUUAUUGUCCACCAGUGUGUUCAAAGUGUUUCUCUCAGGUUUCUCUGAUUAAAAUGUUUUAUAAAUCCAGUGAAUACUGACAUAUCUGUUUUUUUAGAAAAUGAAAACUUCCCCAAACUCCUGAUAUGGUGCAAUUUUCCAGGCACGUUUCUAUGUUUUCUUCUAAAAAUAACAAUCAAGAUUUCAUUCUUGACAACUUUUUAAUUUUUGCAAGAAAAGCUAAAAAAUUGGCUUUGAUUCUAUGAAGUCUUUUACUGCUUUUUGUUCUGCCUUAUAUGAAUGCAAACCAUUUUGGGAAAUUUAUGAAAUAAUUUUAUCUAAAAUGCUGUAUUAUAAGACCACAUGAUAUCUUAAAAGCUGUUAAAAUUCUCACUUUGAUGGGAAGGAUUUCCAUUUGCUGUGCUAGGUUACAUGCAAUAGUACAUAUUAUAAAUUCCCCAUGGAACUUUUUAAGUUAAUAUGGUAGAUGAUGUGUGGAAAUGGCAUAGUUCUUACUGAAGAGCUUUUUCCUUUGCUGCUAUUUUCUUUGAGAAGUGCUGCAAUUCUUCUCAGAGUAUUUUUAACCAUUAGCUGUUUGGAUUCAAAAUUUAAUUGCAAAGAUAUAAAAAUCUUCUGUAUAUGUGAUGUGCAACUUUAAGUAAUUUCUUUCUCUUUUAUCACAAAAAUUAAUUGGUAUUUGAUACAAAGAGUUGACGGUUUUUGUCACAUUUUCCAUGUUAAUCAAAUCAGAAAUCUGAGGUGUGACUAAGAACACUCUUGAAUUAACUGUGCCAAAUUCCUCUAAAGCUGUAUGGUAAUUCUGUAGAAGGAAUGGUUGACUUCCUUAGACACAAUUUUUUCUUUUUUGUUUUAGACCACACAUUUGUCAAUACAUAGUCAGUUACUCUGUCUUUGAACUUGAAGGCUUGGAGGUCAUCAGGGAGGAAUCUCACCAUCUAGGAAUAGUCCUAAAUCUCAUUUAUAAUACAGUUUGAGAAAAUUCUGAGUUACCUUUUACUUAAAAUUAUUUUGAGAGCUAUAUUUAUGUGUAAAUUUGUUUUGUUUUGCUUCUUUUAACCAGAAUUGUAACUGAUUAAUUUCUGUUUUUUUCCUUUGGUGUAGGUGUGCUAAAAGUGUCCAUUUUCACUGAGGCUUCGGUGCACAUCCCAAUUAUUGUAGCAAUCUGUUAAAGCGAUUUAUUUUUAAACUGAAAGAUAGCAUAUUUACCCCGUGUUGGGUGAUUAGUGCUGUUCCUGUGACAUGAGCUCUCCCCUCCGUAGUCAGCUGUGAGUGCCCCGUGCUGACCUCCCUGGUGAGGGACUGGGCAUUCCCCUCUUCCAGAAGUUGCAUGUAGGACCCAAGAGGACUGCACAGGUUGAAAUACCUUUUAAGCAAGGCAGCUGCAAUGAAUUUAGUUGCCCUGUUAAAAUGCUGUCAGAGGGUAGUGUUUGGACUUGUGAAAAAUGCACUUUUGAAAGUCUAGUUCCAUUGCUCAGCUCAGCAGGGUUUUUUUUCUAAAAGUUCCCCAGUCCUGCCUUGUUAAGGGAGAUAGCAAGGAUUGUUAGUACUUGUGUUUUUUGGAUCCCAUGGUUAUUAAUUCAUCACAGACCUAUGGACAAAAGAUGUGUUCAUGCCUUGAGAGAGUUAGCUGUUAUCUGUUGAGCUGUACGAUCUGAAUGAGCGCAGUGCCUCAUUGGGCACCAGUAAAUCCAGUCUUUGAGAGUCAGUCCUGUGACCUGUUCUGCUCAAAGCAACUCUCUUUUAUGCUAAUUUGCAGAACCUGGCAUCUUUUAAAAUGUGUUUUCAGUGUACCUAAUGUAAAAUAGUAAAAAGGCUGUUUCUACCACCUUUAUGAUUUAAAGGUGUAUACGAAAUACUCUUUGCUUUUUAAAUCACUAGAUCCCUAUGAUUAAUAGUUUUGUAAAAGCUUGUUCCUUUAUAAAAUUAAGUAAAUUCAAACAUUUUGGAGAAGUAUGCUUGAAAAUAGAAGUCUGCCUUUCCUUUUAGGGAAGUAGGAUGAAAAAAUUGAGAAGACAAUUUGGAGCAACUCAUAGGUUGAUAAUUCAUGAAGUUUCUGAAAUUUAUAAUUUCUUACAUUGAUUUUAGUAUUUCAGUGUUUGAAAUAUUUUGUUCAUUAAAUUCACCAUUCAUUAAAAUGGUCAACUUCUUCCACUUCUAGAUAGACUUCUGUUUUAUAAGGGAGAAAAAAAAUAAGUCAAGCUAUAAUACAAUUGAUGAUGAAACUAGAUUUAGAAACAAAAAACAACCCCAAACUCUUGUUACUACACUUUGGCCAACAGCCCAGGAUUGAAGGGCAAUGGGAUAAUUCUUUUAGAACAGCUGGUAUUUUGGAUUGCUGCACAAAAUUAGUGUAAUUAAAAACUUAUUUUGCAAUGCAUUAGCUUUACAUUUUAUAUUUUUUUUAAAAAAGUUAAUACAAUUAUAUCCUGAUGAAUCAGAAGAAAUUUUUCUUAUGUAAAAAACUAUUAACAGCUGUGGUUUCAUCAAAGACUUUAGUAAACAGGCGGCAAAGUUGUGACGUACUGAAUACAAUAGUAUAUAGGGCACUUUAUAUCUGCCAUUAAAAGCUUAUAAUACAGCAAAUUAGAUAGCUGUGACACCCAUUUUUAAUUGCACUUUAUUAAUUUUUAAAAUGUGGUGAAAUAUUGAUAAAAUUUAAUAUUGUAAGCUUGUGUCUUUGCUUUUUUAUGAAAAAAAAGUAAAUGCAUGAUAAUUAGCAUCAUAACAAAUGCUUUUGAAUGUAAUAUCUUAUUAGUGGCUUAAAACUUCUAUUUUUAACAGAUGCAUUGUGAAAGCAGAAAAGACAUUUUGGCAUGUCACCUGGUGUCUUUUCUGUGGGCAUAUCAAAUGGAAGGGGUGACUCUUGUAAAAAAUAACUUGUUUUUCUUUUCUAUCCUUCAAUACCAGGUGACAUAAAAUUAGCUUGCUGAUCAUGGGAGAGACUAUUUGUACCGGUUAGGGUGUAUGUAGAAAUGCAAGUUUCCCUUUUUUAUGGCUUUAAUUUUUCAUCAAAAGAUGAGUAAAUACCACUUUUAGAACUCUAGAGGAGAAUGGUAGGUCAGGUGUUCUGUUACUGAUUUGUGGAAUCAGUACUUGCAGAGAGGAAGUUUACUUCAAAUACUCGUUUUCUCAGAGAGUGUUUCAGUGGAUUUCAGUGGAGAGUCUCACACAGCAGGGAUGCUGCAUGGGUUAUCUGUGUGAAUUCUUCAGUGGUAAGAAUUACAUCUCUGAAGCCUACUCUACCUCUAUAAAUACAUGCUAUCUUGAGUGAGCUCCAUAAUUUCAUAACAUAAUUACUUAAAAAUAUAAUCUGUUGAAUAAUGAAAUACUUGCAUAGGAAAAUGAGGGGAGCUGACUUUAUAUAUAAAACCUUAAUAAUUCCAAAUUUUGUACUGAAGUUUAUUAAAAGUCAAAUUAAUUACAGUGUUUGAAAGAGAAUGAAUUCCAUCUUUACUUAACUAUGGGAGAAGUUGUGCAGAACUAACAACCUAAGAGUAAAAGCUUACACGAGUGAGCAGAUGCAUUCAGGCAGAUUUAAAGAGGAGAGGAGGAGACUUUGAGUACACACAUAGAGAUCCAAAUGUCUUCCUACUUCUGUGGUUGGGACAACAGCAGACUGACACGUAGCAGAAAGGUUUAGGUGUUUGUGUCUGUUCACGAUGGAAGAUGAAAUUUUGUUUUUUAAAAUUUUCAAGCUGUAUAAAAUGGAAUACCAGUUGUUGAUUACUGUAUGAAGAGGAUAUUUUCUCAUGGCCUUGUGUGUGUUUAAGCAUAUGUAUGUCCAAGCUUUCUGUAAAAGACUAUUUAAUAGAAAAGUUUGAAAUAUUGUUUUGUGAUGCUUCUGCUGAGCCAUUCAGAGGAAGAUAAAGGGCUGCUUGACAAUUACUCCAGCUUAGGGUCUGGUGUGGUGUUGGCUGCUGCUGCUGCAGGCCAUCAACAAAGCAAAUAGAAAGGGACUAGAAUUUUCAGAUGAAAAAAUGCAAGUGUAGAAGACUUUGAAAAGUAUUGUAAGCCCCUUUCAUAUUUUUAAUAGCCUACUGUACAACAGCGUUAUCUGGCUACAAGAAACUCCACAAGGGAAAGUUUGUUCCUGGUCAGCUUUCUCUAUCUAUGGAAUAAAGGCAGAAAAAGAACAGUACUUCAUUGCUGAUACCCUGAUUGACAGCAGUCAGAUAGAAAUAGUGAUAAUAUUUAUGAACUUCUAGCAUUCACACAAACCUGGAUAAAAUCUGUGUUAGACGAGUGAAGCUCUUGGGCUUUUCUGAAAGCAACUUGAAAGUUGUUUUUAUGGCAGAGAAGAUGAAAUAUGUGCUGCCUGGGAUAAAGCAUCAAGUCAUACUUUUAGAUGGUAACACUAGGUAAGGUUUCUUACCCAUUAAAAAAUUCUACUAGCUACCUCCUUUGAAAGUCUUGCUCUAUUUAUAAUAACCAAGCACUUUAUUGCUCAGUAAAGCAUGGAAGGUAGCUAUGAAGAAUAAAUAGUAUUGUUUGGUAUAAGAAAUAUUUUGGCAAAUUUUUUUCUGAGAAGUUUCAUUGUGUGAUGUCCUUCACUGAGAGGGCAUCUGUUUAAUACGAAGUAUAUACAUUUUUAACACGGUUGUAAGGAAAAGAAGUGUCUUUGAGAGAGUGAAGUAUGAAGAGAUCAGCAUGGCUUGGUAUCAACUUAUAAUGAUUCAGUGUGCUAUUUAUAACUUCCUACUUACUGAAAUUGAAAAUAUAAAAGCAAAUAAAAUAUUCUGUAUUGUAUCUUUAUUUUUAAUCUGUGUGUGGGAUGUCAAACAUUGUACUUGUCUUGUGGACAGGACAUGCUUUUAUGAGCCUAUAAAUAUUUAAGUAUAUGAGAAUCUGCACCCAAAUGGAACAUGUUGCAUGUAAACUGUCUUCUAAGUUUUUAAAUUUUGGUAUUUUUAAAAAUUUGCUAGGUUUGAAAGUAACAUUUAAAUAUGAGUACUAAGCUGUAAUACAGAAUACAAAAUUUUGAAUGCAAUGUGGUUUUGUUUAUAGUAAUCCUAUUCCAGUUUCAUGAGAAAAAUCUAUCAAAUCAUAGGGGGAAGGGAGGAAAAGGGCUAAUCAUGAGCUCGGCUAUAUAAUUUGCACACUUAAUAUGCACACAUCCAAAUGUCCUGGAUUUGUUUCUAGCAUGCAUUUAUCAAAACAGUGUUUUCUUCAAUAUUGACGGAUACCAUUUAUGUAAAAUAAGCACAGCUAACCUGCUAUAAAAUCAAAUUAGAAAACCUGUUUGGAAUAAAUGAGUUAAAAGUUAGGCAUAAGUAAUGAAGCCUGUAAUUUGAAAAUGUUUGUAUAAUCUUCUAGCUAAGAAGAAACUUGAUGAGUUUAUCUAACUUAUGUGCAGAGCAAGGAUGAGAACUAGAUUCUGCUAGAUUGAUUUCCUGUAAAUCUUGACAAUCUGGUUUGCAGUAAAUUCUAAUACUGUCACAAAAUGUCAGGAUCACAUUAUUAAAUUCAACUAGUAAUGUGACCUGGUUGUAGUAGCAAUCCUUAUCAUGGCACAAGAACUUAAAAAUGCAAUAUAACAAUUCUGAAGAUUGGUGAUAAAAGUAAUCCGUCAUAGUAAAGUGAAUUAUUAAGUAUUAUGGGUUUAAAUUUACUUUUUAUUAUAAGAAAGAAUCUGAAUUAUUUGUUAGCAUUUCAGUGAUAUUGUAAAGCAUUUCUGUAUUUUGUUUGAACGGUUUAGGAGCUUGCAUAAAAUUAUAUUGGCUGAUUUUUUUUUCCCUUUGAUAUAUGCAAUAAUGUCAAUAAGCAAUAAAUUGCAUGUUGUAUGCAAGGUAUUGGUACUUCAUAAUAAAGGAAAGGAACAAAG